CACGACUUCUCUUUCUACCGGAAGCUACGUUGUUUAGAGCAGACAGACGUUAUAACGUCUCUGGAGCAGACGAUCAUCUGAGCUGAUAUUAGUGGCAUGAUCAUUGCUAAAGCGCUGAUCGAAAAUGGAAGGUAUCGACACAAAUGUACAAGAUCACAACAUUACUUGCGAUCCUGAAAAUCAAGUAUUAGAAAGUGAUUCACAGGAUGAAAAAGAGACAGAUACUGAUCUGCCCACGGUGUCUGAGAGAUACGAAAAGAAGGAGUCGGACAACGCAGAAACUUUGCAGACGAGCGAAACAAUAAUAUUCCAGUCUGAAGAAGAGAAUUAUAAGAAGGAAAGAUCCCCUCCUAUUUCGCUUCCAGAAGUUAAAUGUCCUCGUAUUAACUGCACCGAGAAGAUACUUUUUUGCCUGGACUUAAGUAAAGAGAUGAGUGAGACAGUUUUUCGAUCACGAGUGGGCGACAAACUGUCAGCUUUGACUGAGACCAAGAAGGCAAUGAGGAUAUACAUCAUGAAUAAGAAUAAAAUAAACAGCAGACAUGAGUAUGCUUUAGCAGUCUUCCAUGAUAAUGCAAUGCUGCUUAAAGAUUUUACAUCAAAACCAAAAGAAAUCAUUAAUCUGUUUGAGGAGCUAGAAGGUGGACAGUCUUCAGGGAAGUUUGACAUUAGUGACUUGUUUCAAUUGAUCCAUGAUAACGUGGAGCUUCCUCAAGUAAUAGGAGAUGUGCAAAUUGUCCCCCCUUCCUACAUUGUUCGAGUAAUCUUCAUCUACGGUCGAUCACAUUGCAUCCCUCUCUUUUCUGACAGACAGUUGCAUCUUCAGCUGGAGCAAUCGCCAUAUUUUUUUGUGGAUGUCCUGUAUGUCCAUGAACCUCCCUCUUCUGAAAACAACUGUGAGGAUAUUUUUACACACCUGUGUGAUCUUGACCACAAAGGCCUGUCAUAUAUACUGGAAGCUUCUAGUCUCACACGACUGUUUGACAGUUUUGCCAAACUUCUGGCACAUCCUCUGCAACGGCCUCUUCAGCGACAGGCUAGUUAUCAUAUCUCUUCAUCACAACUUCAUGAAGAACAAGGCACUUAGAAACUGAUUGCCCCAAGAGGAAAAUGCCACAUUGAUGAACCACUUCUGUGGGAACUUUCAAUGUGCUCCUGUUUGCUAGAGGUGAAAUCACAAAUUCUUUCAAUUCUGAUGGAGAAAAUCUUGUGUUAACAUGUUGUUUUAAUGUUUAUAUACAGGUUUGUAACAAAAACAUGCAAACUUUUGUUGCUGCAUAUGUCUUUAUAUGGGCCAAAAUCUCUGCAGAUUGCACAAUUGUAAUACAUGCAUGAUUGUACAUAUGCAUGCAUAUAAUUGCGCCCACACCCCACACACAACUGGGGAUACAACAAUCUGAAAAAAAUAAACAAUAAAAAUGCACAAUGAACAUCAUAAAACAUGAUCAUUCACAGCCUUGGAAUCGGAUCUUCAGCCACAAUGCAAAAAAAAUAAGCAAAUUUUGAUAAUAUUCACAAAUAAUUUUGACCAUUCAAGUCCAAAGCAAGACAGGCUGAUUGUUGUUUUUGAGGCUUAUCCCACAUCAGUCACACAAAUCUUGAAUAUGGUUGCUGCAACAUAUACCUCCAGAAAUACUCUUUAGAAAUAUUUAGUUCUUGAUUACAAUAAUAAAGUACUAGAUGCUUUAAAAAAAAAAAAAA